GACAAACAAAAAAAUGGCGAAUUUGGGAUUUAGUUAUGCAAGUAACGUUGUAUGGACUAUUUAAACAUUCGAUAUCUAAAAAAGUUUGGUCUUGUUUUCUCUAUCAAGUAAGUGUUACGGUAUUUAACAUAGUAAUGAUUGUCGAAAUGUCGCUAACGUCCAUUCGUAACCCAUGUAACUUGAGUAUUCACUUUAAGGCAGGUUGUAUUUAGCAUGAAGUUAGCCAAUGUGAACUGCUAUCAAUGUAAGUCCCGUAAGCAGAGAGCUGCUGAAAAAAGACUUCGUUUGCAUUUGACAAAGACAUAUCUGUUUUCAUGGCAUAGUGUUGAACGAAGGGCUUGAGAGCCAUUCGUUGUGAAUUUUGCAGUUAUUGAAAUGACUUUAAACAACUUGGUUUUCGUCAUUGAUAUCGAUUAUGAAGAUGACAAACCCGGGGAUCGACUGGAUAUCAGGAAUAAAUUAAUACAACGUGGAAUGUUACACAUCCUGUUACAGUUUGGAUACAAGUAUGGUUUUGAGAAAGUUCGAUGGGGCUAUAAGUUCUUUCAGUCCAAGGGUGGUCGCAAUGGCAGCAUCAUAUCCAAAGUAUCAGAUUUCAAAGAACUACGGUACAAAACAUACGAGGACUUCGAGCAAGAGUUUGAAGCAAGAUUCGAUGUGAAGGAUAAGGUUUUCGCCUCUCAGCGGAAGCAACAAUCCAACAAGUGUGUUUCAGUGCACACCGUUCUUAAAGAAACCCUGUUGGACUUCCAGUGGGACAGACCAGACAUCACCUCUCCAACUAAACUCACCCUGAGGCCCAGGAAGUCAGGUCGAGGUGGAAAGCUCAGCCUGUCACAUGAAGAUGACGCUUCAAACAGUGGGAGAAAUGUUGUUUUUGUUGUCUCACAGUGUCCCCUGUCAAAGACACAACUUGUGGACUACUUAUCUUUGAAAAAUCAUGACCUGCCCAAAGAUGUGACUGAGUAUAUUAUUUCUAAAAGCCUUAAAGAAAUGCUGUUUCAGCGGCAUGUUGUCCUCCACUGGAUUGACAGUACUUCUCACAUUCAGGUUGGGCAGUGUGAGGACUAUCAUGGCUUUGACAAGCUAUCUGAGGUCCUGGCUCAGGUGGGGGGCAAAGUGAUCCCCUUGGUUGCACUUUUGAGCCUUUGCUGCAAUCCUCAUUCAAGCACAGGAUUUGUGGGAGAGGGCAUUCCAUUCCAGUCCAGCAUUGGAUACCUUCUUUCUUCUGAAAGGCUCUAUCAUAUGGCUUUUCCAGCAGUUGGUGGUGUUCUACGAUGGGACCAAGCAGGAAAUGUGACGCAGAGCUGCGAUGUCAGGGUGGAGCCCGUCUUUCGCAGACAGAGGCUUCUCCAGGAGUCUGUGGAAGUUUGUUUAAAAGGAGUGCUGCAGGGCUGGGAUGCCUCAUCACAGUCACAGACCACCACAGAGUCAUGGGUUCUUCAGGGCUCCAGUAAUGGUGACCAGGAUGCUUAUGCCUUCCAGCAUCUCUUAAAGGAACUGUCUGCUUUUUGUCGUCACAUGCUUGCUGAAGUGAAUGACAAUGGGCUGGUGUGUUCGGCUGUAUUCUCCCCACUGUCAGACUCCACAGCUCUGCUCACCAUUUUCAGACCAAUGGUAGCUCAGCACUACCAGCUCCUGAGGAUAAACGCCUCGCCCCAUGUCACUGAUCAAAACACUGCUGACCUUCCAGAUGUUGUGAGCAGCAUCCUGGGAUUAGUAUACGACAUAAAUGAGGAUGGUGAUGGAACUAAUGGAAAUCUAGGGGAUCAUCCCAUUCCUGAGUGGGCUCUACAGGAAUUCCAACAUAGCCCAGUGUCAACCAGCAUGCUGGAGACUUGGUUCCCCCAGUCGGAUCAGUCGGGAGUGAGCUCUCAUUUAAUGGAGUCAUUAAGGUUGUUACAUGCAGUGCCAGAGCCAACAGAGGAGGAUGAAUGUCCUGUACAUCAGCAAGAUCUAAUCAGCAAUCUGUCUGAGCUGUACAAAACAUCCCAGGAACCAGCCGAGAGGAGAGGCAAGAAACGUGGCGCACACCGCACACCAGUGAAACAGAAGAUGAAAACGAUGAGCCGCUCUCUGCAAAUGUUGAAUGUGGCACGACUAAACGUCAAAGCCCAAAAGACCCAGAGUGAGACAGAGCAGCUUGGUACUGAAGGCAGGGCAACAGACAGACCAGUGAGGAAACGGCUAAUUGACAAGAGCAAAUCUGGAGGAACAAGUGCUAUUAGUUUCACAUCUGAGGCAGAGCUGUUGGCCUAUCUGAAGACCUGUUAUGACAAGACUGUUCUAGAGAAAGAUUCAUGUCUCCCAGAAGCUGUCCAACAGCUUCUCACUGCUGUUAAAGCCUUUCUCUUGACAGAGUCGGAUGUGGAGGUGAAUACCUUCACAUUUGUCCAGCAGCACCUCCUCAAGAGCAGCAAAUCAGUCCGACAGCUCCAUGGAGCAGCUGCAGAGGCAAACUGCAAAGUCAGAGAGUGCAAACUGCAGGUUGUGCUGAGGCUGGAGCUGUGCAGACUUUCUGCUUCAGAGAAGACCAACUCACUGGAUGCUGAUCAGAUGGCGGAAGAGGCAGCUGAAAUGCUCAGGAUAAUCUCACUGACCAAGGACCCAGUUUGCUUAGCAAGGUUCCUUCAAGAUGAAGUCCUGCCAGGGUUCCUGGCUGCUGUUCCCAGAGUGCUUGCAGACAUCUAUCACAGUCUGGGCACUCAGCUACCUGAAGCACUUGUUGGUGCUCUGCCCGCUGACUUCUUCAGCGACGAAUCAGUUGCCAAGGACAGCAUUUCCCCCUACACAUCCUCACCUUCAAUAUCAGCGCAGAGCCUGGUGUCAGAUGGCUUGAAGGACCUGAGAAACCGAUCGGCCAGUAAGAGGAGGAGUGGGAUGCUGACUCGGCAUCGCAGUAUGACUGAAUCAUCGCAAAGCCUUCGUCAGAUAGAGAUGCCCAAGAGGAUCACAAGAGCAUCCAAAUCAACAGUGUUUACUGCGUUUGAAAAACUUGCCGAACCAAAGCAGCUUCAGAAACAAGAAACACAAGAGGUGACCAAAGUGAGACGAAACUUGUUCAACCAAGAAGUAGUUUCCCCCUCAAAGAAAGCCAAACUAAAAAGGAGCCAGUCUGUCUCUGCUGUAGAAGGACUUAAACGCAAGCGGUCACACGAAUCUGAAGAAGGGCACAGGCUUCUUACAAAAAAAGUUUGUGAGACACCCCACCACAAGCAAGUGUCCAACCGCCUUCUGCAUCGUCAGAAAAUGGGGAGAAAAUCUGACCUUGCAGAGGAGUGCAUCGUUGAGGAAUCGCCAGUAAAACCCACAGAAGAUCUAAGAAGAAGUCCGAGGAUAAAGAAGUUUGCCAGAAGACACUUGAACAUCUUCUACUCAAGCUCUCAGCCUCGCUCCCGCAACCUAGCCAGGGCUCUUUCUGCAUCCCAAUUGAUACUUAGCGAGGGAAAAACCAUUGAGGUCCACAAGAAAACAGUUCAGUCUCCCAUGCGUCUUCUUUUCGGGGCUGCCAAUUCUCCUGCUCGUCCAUCCAUCCAGUCUGUUGAAACCAGAACCAUUAGGUCCCAACUGUCCACAGACUCAAGUGUCUUUGAGAGUCCAACUGAAACACCCCCAAAGUCCCCUCGCAGAAGCAGGAGGGCUGUUCCCGGAAAUUCAUCUCCAAAGGCAUCCAAGACGCCUGCAACGCCAAAAACGCCCCCUUCAUCCAGGAUGCGUGAUUCAUGGCUGCCUGAGGUGUCUACGCCGGGCCUGUGGAUGUGUCGGCGGGAGAGUCCUCUCAGAUCUCCUGCCAGAGAGACUUAUGUUGUUGAGACUCCUACAAAGCUCAGCCCUAUGAUGAGCCCUUUAAAGGGCAUUCUCAGGACUCCAGUCAAAACAUUACAGCAGCCUGCUUCUUCCUCUGGGUUAUGUCCCCUCAGCAGCCCGGGUAUUAGGACUCCCAAAAAAAGUGUCACCUGGUCACCCUCUCCCCUGACGUGUAGAGCGGCAGAUAACAGCACUUCUUUUAAGGUGCCAGAAUCUCCUAAUACUGCAUCUCCUCGUUCUCUGAGACAGCUGAAAUCGCCUAACAAGCUUGGCAGCCCCGUCCAAGGUAAAAACACUGAAAGCGACAAUUUCAAAACCUCAGAUAAGGUCUGUCAAGUACGUCUGUUUAGGAUGCCUGAAAAAACCUUUAUAACUCCAGAGAAAAAUCUGCAGUCACCUGAAAAAUUGAACAGGAUGAAAACACCUGAAAGGGUUGAGGAUGCUCACCUUCCAGAGAGGCUUCAUAAACAGUCCACUCAACUUUCACAGCAGUGGACCCCACCUCUGCUCAACACUGAAAGUCAAGCCAGGACCCCCAGUCCCAAUCACCAAAUGAUUACUCGCUCGGGGAAAAUUAUUGAUACAGUAUACCUGUGUGAUGCAGCAUCUUCAGCACUGUGUAGCGCAAAAGAUUUAGAAAGCACGGAUCCUUUAUUAAAGUCCCCAGCAAAGUCAUUGUCGACAACAAAGUCCUGUCAAGGAGGCAGAGCAAGUACACAUAACUUGAUGUCACAGCAUGGUGAGAGUUUAGCCUCUGAACUAAACAGUGCAAAAUCUGCUAAGAGUCACACGGAGGGGAACACGUCAUUACAUAAAAGACAAGAGGCUGAAAGCUCUCAGUCAUCUGAGACCAAUUCCAGCCUUUAUACAGAAUCGCAGGAGUUUGACUCUUCUCAAGGUAAUUCUGCCACCACGGAGGAUGACAGUCUGGACAUUGUUGAUGCUGCUGUAGUAAAUACCCAGUUAAGGGGAGGCCUUAAAAUGAGCAUUAGCUUUUCAAGGAAACCUUUGGCAACCAGUAGAGACGCAGUGUCUCCUAGUCAAUACGUGUCAUCCCAAAGCACACCAGCACGGAACUACGGCUUCCGGAAGACCCCUGACCGCCAACAGAGGGAGGCUGCUGCUCGCUUGGGAUACAGCAAUGACUCUUUUAGAUUUUCAACUCCGAGAGGGCUCGCAGGAACUGGCAGGCAAAAAAGCAGUGGUACUCCAAAAACGCUUUCCUAUCAGGUAGAAUUGGAAAUGCAAACCUCAGGGAUUCCCAAGCUCAAAAUCAAACGCACAGAUUCCACGAAUGCAAAUGACUCUCCCUCAAGUGGAGGUCAAAGUUCUUUGGUGAGCAUGAAACCUCAUUCAGACAGCUCUUCUGCUUUACUCUCCAAACACCGAGAUCCUGGGUACGUCUCGCCAUCUGUCUGUGCUCAUGUCACCCCAGCCAAAAGUACACCUGGAAAAGGCGGAGGUGUCCAAACCUACAUCUGCCAGUCAUACACCCCUACACGGCACCCUGCAGCAACAAUGUCUCCAGUGACAAUGGCAGACAUUAUUCCCCUAACACCGUCUCCUCAGAGUGUGGGGAAAGUGACGCCAGAUAACCUCAACAGCUGGCCCCGUAGAAAGAAGGCUCAGAUUGGAACGCUUGGCUUCAAAGAUCGCUGCCUGAAAGGAGAGCCACAGCUGGAGGAGCUGCUGGAAGAGGCUGAGCUUGGAGUUAGCAGGCUGCAGGAAUUUGAUGAUGCUGAUGAAUCCUCAAGUGACAAGGCAGAAGAAGUCCUUACUGGGACAGCCAAACAUUCACCCUCAGUUGAAACAAAUGUGUCCCCUCUUUCACCAAUGGAAGACUUGUACUGGAUGGAAAAUCUGGCUGAACAGACGGGCGUCUCCAAUCCUCAGAAGGUUAACCAAGAAAUAAUCUGGUCUUCUGAAAGUGAAGAUCCCAGCUCAACCGUGACUUCUCCCAGCUCAAAUGUGAGGAAGCCUGUGACGGCGAGCGGUAUUUUAGCUCUCACUCAGUCUCCGUUGUUGUUUAAGGGCAAACCAACUUCUGCCCAUAAAGCACCUCAUUUUAAAGACAAAGCUGAAGGUGCAUCAGUUAGGACAGACGUAGAAGGAGAGGACAUCUCCCCCUUCAGACAGCCAAUCAGACGCUCUAGCACAGCCAAGACUUACAGGAGAAAGAGGCUUCUUCAUUGACAGAAAAGGUUUAAAAAGUACAGAAAGACAUCUAUGAAUCUUUUCUUUGAAUCACACCAUUGUGAAUGAAGACUGCAAGUUGUGAAGCUGGGGUUUGUUUAAAAGUGAGUUAUCUGUAUCUGUUUUUAAUUAUUUUAUCAUUUUUGAAAGUCCUGUUUCCUGCUUUGCUCUCUUCGAUGCUUAGACGUCGUCUUUAUUUCUCAGUUUAAUUAGCUAUUUUACAAUCAAGUCAGAAUGUUGUUCAUAUAAAUAUAUUGAUAUAUUUAUUAGUUUGUUGUUUUUCAUGUAAAAGGGAAUUUUGUAUUUUUGUAAAUAUAUGUUGCCAGAUUUUUGUAAAUAAAA